AUGGCGGUAGGCGGUGGAGUCGCGAGCGGUGGCAGCGCGAGGGCGGAUCUCUACCGCGGCCACACGACCAAGUAUGUGAUCUUGGCGUGCAUUGUGGCUGCCAGCGGAGGCUUGAUCUUUGGCUACGAUGUGGGCAUCUCAGGUGGUGUGACGUCCAUGGACGAUUUCCUGGAGAAGUUCUUCCCGGGUGUCAAGAGGCACAAGGACCUUGCCGCCAAUGGCGAUUCCGAUUACUGCAAGUAUGACAACCAGAAGCUCCAGGCCUUCACAUCGUCGCUCUAUCUCGCGGGCCUGGUUGCGAGCUUCCUCGCCUCGCAUGUCACCAAGAAGUAUGGACGCCGCCCAUCCAUCAUUUGCGGAGGUCUCAGCUUUUUGGUUGGCGCAGUGCUCAAUGGCGCUGCCGCCAAUCUGGUCAUGCUCAUCCUCGGCCGGAUUAUGCUGGGUGUUGGCGUGGGUUUUGGCAACCAGGCAGUGCCAGUCUAUCUCUCAGAGAUGGCACCCGCGAAGAUCCGUGGCGCUCUAAAUAUCAUGUUCCAGCUCGCCAUCACGAUUGGAAUCCUGUGCGCGAAUCUUAUCAACUAUGGAACCGCUAAGAUUCCUGGCUGGGGAUGGCGCCUCUCGCUUGGUCUCGCCGGAGUACCAGCCAUUCUCAUGAGCGUGGGUGGUCUUUUCUUGCCCGAGACUCCAAACAGUUUGAUCGAGCGUGGACGCUGCGACGAAGGUCGCCGCCUCCUCGUCAAGAUCCGCGGCACCGAGGAAGUGGAUGCCGAGUAUGAAGAUAUCAAAGAGGCGAGCGAUCUCGCGGCUGCCAUCGCUAGCCCCUUGAAGAACAUUUUCGAGCGGAGGAGUCGUCCCCAGCUCAUCUUGGCGACGUUGAUCCCAUUCUUCCAGCAGUUCACGGGGAUCAACGCUAUCAUGUUCUAUGCCCCGGUGCUCUUCCAGACGAUCGGAUUUGGCAGCGACGCAUCGCUCUACUCGGCCGUGAUCACCGGCGCUGUCAAUGUCGUGGCUACCCUCGUCUCGAUCGCGCUUGUCGAUCGGUUGGGCCGCCGCUUCUUCUUCUUGCAAGCUGGAGUCCAAAUGUUCGUCUCACAGGUGGUGGUGGCGGUGAUCUUGGGCGUCAAGUUUGGAGGAACCAAGGAGCUGGACAAAGUUUACGCUGUGAUCGUCGUGAUCGUGAUAUGCUGCUACGUCUCUGCCUUUGCCUGGUCUUGGGGGCCCUUGGGCUGGCUCGUUCCCAGCGAGAUUUUCCCACUGGAGACGCGAUCGGCCGGGCAAGCGAUCACGGUGGCAGUUAAUCUCUUCUUCACCUUCGUCAUUGCCCAGGCGUUCCUCAGCAUGAUGUGCCAUAUGAAGUUCGGGAUCUUCCUGUUCUUCGCGGCCUGGGUGGCGAUCAUGUCAGUCUUCGUCUUCUGGUUCAUACCCGAGACCAAGAACGUUCCAAUCGAGGAGAUGAUGGGUGUGUGGAGAAAGCACUGGUUUUGGAGGAGGAUUGUCCCGGACCAAGAUCCUCCGGUUAUCCCAUACAAGCAGGAUGAUGAAAGCAAGAUGGGCGUAGAGAUGACAAACUAAAGAUCACUGAGUGAGAAGAACUAAGUAGGAUGAAGACUAAAAAAUGUAAAAAUCUAUCACU